GCUUUUUUAGCCAUUUUAUCUUAAGGCGAAAUACUGUAAAAAAUUGUAAAAUGGAUUUACGUUUCGUAUUCAUCGUUUUCCUGCUGAAGUGGACGUAUGCACAAGGUUCACAUCCGCCACGAAUAGUGGAGCAUCCCAUAGAUACGACGGUGCCGCGACACGAGCCAGCAACGCUUAAUUGCAAGGCGGAGGGCUCCCCGACGCCAACAAUUCAAUGGUAUAAGGAUGGGGUGCCGUUGAAGAUACUGCCGGGAUCUCAUAGGAUAACCUUACCGGCGGGUGGAUUAUUUUUUCUCAAGGUUGUAAAUUCGCGCCGGGAAACAGAUGCGGGCGUCUAUUGGUGUGAGGCGAAGAACGAAUUGGGCGUGGCACGCAGUCGCAAUGCCACAUUGCAAGUGGCGGUGCUGCGCGAUGAGUUCCGCCUGGAGCCACAGAACACACGCAUUGCUCAGGGGGAGACGGCACUGUUGGAGUGCGCGGCACCACGUGGCAUUCCGGAGCCGACGGUGACAUGGAAGAAGGGUGGCCAGAAAUUGGAUUUGGAGGGCUCGAAGCGUAUACGCAUCGUUGAUGGCGGCAAUUUGGCCAUACAGGAUGCACGUCAGAGUGACGAGGGUCAAUACCAGUGCAUAGCCAAGAAUCCAGUUGGUGUGCGUGAGUCCUCGCUAGCCACGCUCAAAGUACACGUCAAGCCCUACAUCAUACGCGGCCCCCAUGAUCAAACAGUGCUCGAAGGAGCCUCCGUAACGUUUCCCUGCCGUGUGGGCGGAGAUCCUAUGCCGGAUGUGCUGUGGUUACGCACUGCCUCGGGUGGCAAUAUGCCGCUAGAUCGCGUCAGCGUCCUGGAGGAUCGCAGUCUGCGUCUGGAGCGUGUAACCAUUGCCGAUGAGGGCGAGUACAGUUGCGAAGCGGAUAAUGUUGUGGGCGCCAUUACCGCCAUGGGCACUCUCACAGUCUAUGCGCCCCCGAAAUUCGUACAACGACCCACCAGCAAAUCCGUUGAGCUCGGCGCCGACACUUCAUUCGAGUGCCGCGCCAGUGGCAACCCCAAGCCCACCAUUUUCUGGACUAUCAAGAACAAUAGUACACUGAUAUUUCCGGGUGCGCCACCGCUGGAUCGAUUUCACAGUCUAAACACAGAGGAGGGUCAUUCUAUAUUGACGCUGACGCAAUUCCAGCGCACCGAUAAGGAUUUGGUAAUAGUGUGCAAUGCCAUGAACGAGGUGGCCAGCAUAACGUCUAGAGUGCAGCUGACUCUGGACUCGCAGGAGGAUCGCCCGCCACCGAUUAUUAUAGCAGGACCCGUCAAUCAAACACUGCCCAUGAAAUCACUCGCCACUUUGCAAUGCAAGGCUAUUGGUUUGCCAAAUCCCACGAUAUCCUGGUAUCGCGAUGGCAUACCCGUGCAUCCCAAUGGCAAGGUGAAUAUUACGGCGGCUGGUGAUUUGAUUAUAUCGGACCUGGAUCGUCAGGAUGAUCAGGGUCUGUACACUUGUGUGGCCAGCAGUCGCACCGGCAAGUCCACAUGGAGUGGUUUCCUACGCAUUGAACUGCCCACCAAUCCGAAUAUUAAGUUCUAUCGGGCCCCGGAGCAAAAUAAAUGUCCCACAGCGCCGGGCCAACCGAAGAUCCUGAAUGCGACAGCAUCGGCGCUCACCAUUGUCUGGCCUACCAGCGAUAAGGCGGGCGCCUCGCCACUUCUCGGCUACAGCGUUGAAAUGUAUUCCACGAAUAGCAGCAAGACUUGGAUACCCAUUGCAUCGCGUCUGAGUGAGCCGAUUUUUACGGUCGAUAGUCUGACGAAUGGCGCCGCCUAUAUGUUUAUUGUACGCGCCGAGAACGCCUUAGGAUUCUCGCCACCCUCUCCCAUCUCCGAACCCAUUACAGCUGGCAAGCUGAUCGGCGUUCGUGAUGGAAGCGAAUCAUCGGCCACAUCACAGCUUCUGCUCAGCGAUGUCGAGACUCUGCUGCAGUCCAAUGAUAUUGUGGAGUUGCUCGAAGCGAAUGCCAGCGACUCGACGACUGUGCGUCUGGCCUGGGACAUAGAUAGUGGGCAGUACAUCGAGGGCUUCUACAUGUAUGCGCGGGAGUUGCACUCGGCGGAAUAUAAAAUGUUGACGGUGCUAAACAAGGGUCAGGGAGUCAGCUCCUGUACUGUGCCCGGUUUGGCGAAGGCCGCUACGUAUGAGUUUUUUCUUGUGCCAUUUUACAAGAGCAUCGUAGGAAAACCUUCGAAUUCGCGACAUGCGCGCACCUUGGAAGAUGUGCCCGAGGGGCCGCCCUAUGGAAUGGAGGCUAUACAGUUCAAUCGGACAUCGGUAUUCCUGAAAUGGCUGCCGCCACAGCCAAAUCGGACGCGCAACGGCAUCCUCACCAGCUACAAUGUGCUAGUCAAAGGCCUGGAUGUGCACAAUACGACGCGCAUUUUCAAAAAUAUGACCAUCGAUGCGGCCACACCGACGUUGCUUCUGGCGAACCUCACCACGGGCGUCACCUACUAUAUAGCCGUCGCGGCUGCCACCCGAGUGGGCGUCGGUCCGUUCAGCAAGCCCGCCGUCCUGCGCAUCGAUGCUCGCACACAGUCACUGGACACCGGCUAUACACGUUAUCCCAUCAGUCGUGAUAUUGCCGAUGACUUUUUAACGCAGACCUGGUUUAUCGUCCUGCUGGGCUCCAUCAUCGCCAUAAUUGUGUUUCUAUUGGGCGCAUUGGUUCUAUUCAAACGCUAUCAAUUUAUCAAGCAGACCUCGUUGGGCAGUUUACAUGGUAAUCACGCAAUCGGCACCGUGCGAAAGUUUCCAACAUUGCCGUUGAACGGCGGUAGCGGUGGCAACUCUGGCAGCGGCAUGCCUGGUAUUGGCAGUGGUGGCGGAGGAGGAGGUGGGAACGGAGUUUGGAUCGAUCCAACUGGUGGCGUUUGGCGACAGGCCGCGUCAUGUACGACAAAGGAGCAACUUCCGGGCUACGCACAAGCGACCGCCCAGCAACAACAACAAAGCCAACAACAGCUAGGACAAUCAAACUCACAACAACCGUUGCCUGAUUAUGAGAGACUUUCACCGCUGAACAUGCCCGAUUAUGCGGAAGUUGCAUGUUCAACAUUCAAAAGCCCCAACUCGAUGGCUGGUCAUGGCUAUGCCGGCAUCAACGGCAUCAACGGCGGCGGCGCUGCAUCAUUAUACGAUAGCUGUGGCGCAUAUGCAACAACAAAUGUGGUGGCCAAUGUUAAACUGUAUCAAAAUCGUUAUGCGACAAAGCCAGCGACAACCAACAGCAAUAACAACAACAAUGGCUCAGGAACAGCAACAGCAGCAGCAGCAGCAACAACGAAUGAUUAUCAUGCCACAGGCAUGUACUCAGCACCCCCCAGUGCACAUUAUGGCUGCCUGGAGCCCAAUCUGAUGACCACAUCCACAGCCUCAACAGCUAUACUGAGUGCCUCGCCAGCGAAACUGAAAAAAAAUUGUGGCACAGCAGUCGGCAAAAUUAACAUUACCGAGAACAAAAUGGAACUCAUAAAUAAUCUAACAACAGGAACAGCGGCAACAACAACAACUGGCGAUGGCAAAGCAGAGCGUUUGAAUCCUUUCAAUAGCAGCAACAGCCAACAACAACAACAACAGCAACGUCAGCUGCAGCAACAACAACAGUUGCUCUUGGCGAGCAAUGCUUUAAAGCAAGGUCUGGGCGCCUAUGCCAACACCACGUUGGCCGCUCAAAUGGCCAACGGGGGCGGAGUCGGGACUCUGCGGCGCCAGCGCCAGCCCAAGCUUUUCAAGAGCGAAAACAACAUCAACUUUGGCGGCAAUCUGUCCAUGGGCAAGUCGUCACGCCACAACAAUGGCAACCAUAAUACUGCCAAUAAUGUUAGUGGAGGUAACAAUGCCAAUGGAUCCCACAUGGACUUCCUUACCGGUGGUCCGCCGGUGGACAAUGUGGGCGGCAGUGUGGAUGCUGAUUUCUCGGCUCUCUGCAACUCCACCAACCAGCUGCUCAACGAUUGGGCCUCCAGCGCCUCCAUUGCUGGCGAUUAUCAUUUUGGCAGCAAGCAGCCAAGUAAACAGCAUUUAUAUGUGAAGUCCAAGGAUGGCACUUGGUCCGCCGUUAGCUCGGAUGCGUAUCAGACAUUCAAGCAGCAGCAGCAGCAGCAGCAACAACAACAACAACAGCAUCAACAGUUCCACUCUGGCACAGGUGAUAAGUCCCUAACUAAUCCAGCCGCCUCCCAUAGUGUGAAUAGUCUCGGCAGUAGCUCGGCCAUCGAGAACAAGUUCUUGAGUAGUUUCGGUUCCAGCGCCAAUGUGUAGAGUGCGGGUCUAGCCCACAUCCAGAUACUCUCGUACAUAAAUGUAACGAUAAUGUGUUGCUCACUAGUCUAAGUUGAUUCUGUGCAAAAGUGAAAACUGAUGUUGUGACAUGAAAGUAGUGUGGAAAGUUUGACACUUAGCUUGCAAUUGGAAGUUCGGUUGGAGUAGUUCACAUAUAGUAUAGGGUACUGGCUUUAUAUACAUACAAUGAACAUUUCGUUACUUGCAGACACACAUAAAUAGGGUAAGUGACAGAUUUGUGUUUUAAAGACAGUUUGAAUUGAAAGCGCAUGAAAAUAAUCGGAAUGUAUCCGAAAAAGGUGUUAUUUGAAAGAAAAAAAAACAAUAUUAAUCUCUCCAUAGCUCCGGUUUAAAUUACAUUCAGUUGAGCUACAGUUUCCGCUCAUUGUAGUUUGAUUUCUUUGUCAAUUUCUUCAUCAAUUUUCUAAACGUUUUGAAAUGA